AUGGGCCUGAAGGAGUUCCAUUAUUUUUCUAGCAAAGAAGUAUUUGUAAGUGAAGUUGUGUAUGCAGGUAGAGACAAAGUUUCAGCAGAAUGUGACAAGGUAAAAUCUGAUUUUAUUCUUGACUAUUUGUUAGAGAAUGUGGAAAUGGAAAGAAAAAGAGAUGAUUUGUUAAUGAGAAUCAUAGCAGUGGAGGUAGAGUCGAAUGCAUUGGCUGUAGGUCAAAGAGAUGGUGUGUUUACAUGUCUUGUCGAAGGUAUGAAAGACAAGAAUGAAAUUGAAGUUGUAGCAGAGGUUGAUCAAGAACCUAAUGAAGACAACCCAUUGCUUAGAGAAGAGAUCACUUCAAGUGAAGAGAAUGAGAAAGAAGAUGACUUAGCUAAGGAAGUAGCAGUCACAGUGAGAGAUGAUGAAGAAGAUGUUGCAGAAAAAGAGGAAUAUUUUUUAGGAAUUUUAGAAACCUUGGAUCAAUAUGCUGUUGAAAUUCAAAAGCUUGGUACUACAGUUCUUUCACUUUUAUCAGAGAAAGUUGGGCUAAAACCAGACUGUUUCAUUAACAAGUUUGGGAAAAUGUCACAGACAAUGCGAGUGAAUUACUACCCACCCUGCCCAAGACCAGAUCUGGUUUUAGGCUUAAGCCCUCAUUCAGAUGCAAGUGGUUUGACGGUGUUGCUGCAGGAUGAUGAAACGGUAGGGCUACAGAUCUGUAAGGAUGGCAAAUGGAUUCCUGUUCAGCCCAUCCCUGGUGCCCUGCUUAUCAAUAUUGGGGACAUGCUUGAGGUAAUAAGCAAUGGAAUAUAUAACAGCAUUGAGUACAGAGCGGUCACAAGUACAGAGAGAGAUCGAAUCUCCAUAGCGAUGUUUUGUAGUCCAAGUGGCGAAACAGAAAUGGGUCCUGCUCCUGAGCUCAUAGAUGAGUUGCAUCCCUGUCAAUACAGAAAAUUCAUUCGCCAAGAAUAUAUGCAGCAUUACUUUUCUAGCAGACUUGAUGGGAAGGGGAGUCUUGAGUUUGCCAAAAUCAAGUCAUAA